AUGUUCACAACACUCGGCUUGUUCGACAAUACACCCUGUCCAGAGGGGAAACAAUGCCCUCUUAUUACUUGCAUGUUCUCACACAAGAUCCAAGCAAGCAACUCCAUAACAACCGAAAAGCGCGCAUCGAGUUCAAUCAACAACGAUGAACAUGUCUCGAAGAGACUCAAAGUUGACAGAAGUUCCACACCAUCAAUUUCAACGUCAAACACUCCUCAUAUUCCGCCUAAUCAUCAACGUCCAGCAAAAUCAUCAGUGCCCGCAGCUGAGUCUAAUCAAAAGGCCCAUGCUGUCAGUCAAGAUGUUUCCAGUUUGCCAUCUAUUUCACGAAGAGUCUCUCCUCCCCCUUCAGGGCGUACCGGAUCUCAGUCUACAAGUAAGGCAGGUCCUUCGAAGAGCACAAAUUCUUCUUCGGGUUCCAUGCCAUCACAAUUCCCUCCCCGGAAGGCGCCAAAAGAAAGUCUCAACCCUCGAAUGCUUCAAAAGGCGCCAGCGACUCAUACGGCUCGAUCGGCUAUACUGAACAAGCUUCAUGGGGCAAUGUCAUCGCUGAACGAGAAAGUUUCAAAGGACAAGGAUACUUCGAACAAGUGUUUCGUGCUCAACAAAGAUGAACUUGUGACAAUGGCUCUAGAUGAAGAGGAAAAAUUAGCUAAAAAUAGUUUCGGGGUCUACUCAAAUGUGAUCAAGCUCCGCAUAGUUAAAUUGACCAAGAUGGCGAAAGAAGAUUGGACGAAAGAGGUGAUGGAACACCUUAAUACCCGAUACUACCACAUCCAACCGAUACAACCACAAUCACUAAAGUCGACGAAACCCAUAACAACGGGUCUUUCAACAAAAGAGGAGAUUACCCUCGUGGAAGCACUUGUCACUCCAUUGAUUGGUCUUGAAGAGUUUGGGUAUGUCACUAAAGCUCCUAGCUCGUCGGAUGUCGAAACAGCCAAGAAGGGCGUUAUUGAAUCCAAGGGCUGGGAGAAAUGUGACCGCUGCGGUGGACGCUUUCAGGUUUUUCCAGGGCGCCGUGAAGAUGGAACAUUGACUAGUGGCGGCCAUUGCACCUAUCAUCCAAGUCGACCAAUUUACCCACCGCGCAAGAAAACCGAUGGUGUCACUGGCUCGUCCGAGGCAUAUUUUUCAUGCUGCAGUGAAUCCGUCGGAACAUCAACAGGCUGUACCAAAGCCAAAACGCACGUCUUCAAAGUAUCAGAGGCUAAGCGUCUUGCAUCAAUUCUCCAAUUUGAAACAACGCCCACGCAACCGGAUACAGGUGGCUUGAACCCGGUGUCGUUCGACUGCGAAAUGGGUUAUACUACAUUGGGCUUAGAGCUCAUCCGGCUCACAGCAGUCAGCUGGCCAGAAGGUAACGAACUUUUGGAUGUUUUGGUCAAGCCAAUGGGCGAAGUACUAGAUCUCAACUCCCGGUAUUCCGGCGUUUUUCCCGAGCACUAUGCAUCUGCUAUCCCAUAUGGCACGUCCGCCAACCAUGCAAGUCAUUCGGAUCAAAAGAAGAACGGCAAAGACCACAAGCCUUUACAAGUGGUUGAAUCACCUGCUGCGGCUCGUGCCCUUCUCUUUGGUUUUAUACAACCACAAACUCCAUUGAUAGGCCAUGCAAUUGAUAAUGAUCUCAAUGCGUGCCGUGUCAUCCAUCCCACCAUUAUCGAUACUGUCCUGCUCUACCCCCAUCCAGGUCGCCUACCUAAUCGAAUGGGUCUUAAAGUGCUGUCCCGCAAGUUUCUCGAGCGAGACAUUCAAAUGGGAGGGGAUCAAGGGCAUGACUCCAAGGAAGAUUCAAUCACCACAGGUGACUUAGUGCGGGUAAAAGCGAGUGAUCUGUGGAAACGAUUGCGGGCAAAGGGCUGGAAGUUUGAAGACAACCACAUCAUUGCGCCUCCUGGACAGGCAUCCCAGGAUAUUCGAAAAGCAGCUCACGAGAUUGGCUUUGCAACAGGGUAUAAAAGGAAAGCGACCAGUACCACCUAG